AUAUGAACAAUGAGUUGUGACCUAUAAUUAUAAUGAUCUUUUAAUUUUUUUAAUUUGGGUAAUGAAGUCAUCUGUUCAUUUUAAAAAGUUUAGAAAAAGAUGUGGUUUCAUGAUUUCCAAUUUUUUAGUUUUUUCCUCACCUGAUUACUUAGAUUUUGCGUUACACGAUUUGAUUUUUUGUUUAGACUAAACGGCCAUUCAUUGCAAUUGUACAUAUACAGCUUGUACUUAUACGAUUGAUAUUAGAACUUCCAAAUUCUGAUUUCUGCCACCAUAUAUUUAAAAUGGUUUAAUUGCACUUUUGAACUGUUGUGAUUUCAGACCUUAUCAUCCAUUAUCUGUCCGUCUUGUAGGCUUUUUAUUUAAUAUAUCUUGUCAAAGUAUUAAAAUUUUGUUAUGGGUACAAUGAAUUUUAAGAAAUUUUCAAUCUGAAACUGAUUUUAAUAUGAAGUUUUGUGACCAUGGAUACAAUAAUUAUGUUGGUAAGACAAUCAAAAUCCCUGCUAUGCUAACCUUUGUUAUGGUUGUUUCCAACAUUUUCAAUAUGAGAGGAAUAGGGUGAAAGAGGCAUAAUAGAUCCGUUUAAGAGGGAAAAAAAAUGCUUAAUAUAUGCUUUGGUCCCUUAAAUUAUUUUUGGUUUUCAUUUUGAUCCCCUAACUAUAAAACGUCUCAAUUUGGUCCCAUAAGUCUUCAUCCGUUUCUUAAUGUGGUCCUCUGCAAUUUUUUGAUGUGAUUUUAACCAUUUGAUUGCAUGUACAUUGUAUCUAAUAGUUAACCGUGAGCACCUAAUUUUUUUUCAUUUCUUUUCAAAAACCUAAAUCCUUUCUCUGUAAUUGAAACUAAAAUUCACAAAAAAUCACAACCUUAGAUUUACAACAUCACAAAAAAUCACUAAUCAAAAUAACUCAAAAAUGAAAUCUGAUUUCCAACAACAGUCACCACAAGAGAAGAAAAAAGAAUUCAUCCUAAUUUCUUUAUUCUCUUUAAACCCCCCAUUUUUGGUUCUGAAUCAAUCAAGCAAUAACCAUUUCUUCUUCUUCUAACGAAUUUGAUUCAAAAUCCAGAAAUUCGAUGAUCUAGAACCCAUAAAUUCCAUGAUUCAAAAACAAGAAUCUAUCUAUCUAUAUAUACAUGUAUUCUAACCUACAUUUUACCUAUGUGUAACCUCACAAACAUCCCCCUUUCUAACUAUUUCCUUACAUGCAUUCUCUCAUUAUAAGCAAGACUUUGCUUAUGUGUCACCUCACCAAUAAUUCUUAUUUCUUAUAUGAAUUUUAGUAUAUUAUAUGAAUGAAUGCAUUCUCCUAUGAAAGGGUUAUAAUAUUUAGUGUGACAUAAAUAUUUUUAAACAUGUAACUGCCACAAUCCUUCAAAACUAUGCAAUUUCUCAACAAAAAAAAACAUAUAUGCAACUGCUAAAUGCAGCCACGAGUUAUUGGCCAAAUGAAUUGUAAAUGAAUUGUGAUUCACUGAUUUGUGACUCCCAUGAAUUUAUUGUGGCAAUCUAUGUGCAAAUCCCAUUUACCAAAAAUCAUUUGCUAAUUUUUUAAUUAAUAAUUACCAAAACUUGAAUGAUUAUGGUGUAGUAAUGGUCAGUUACACAUCUUACUUAUUACCUUUAUUAUAAGCGGCUGACAAUUAUAUGGGUAACUCCUUUUUACCAAAAUUAUGUACCUUUAUUUCUUAUUGUAACUCCUUAUAGGUUACGGUUUUAAUAUAUCAUGCCACACAAAAGCAAUGGUCACAGUAAACAAGGUUCACAAUUUUUUUAUUUGUAUCACCAAGAAUGCAAUAUAAAUAUAAAUAAAUAAAUAAACAAAUUAGAAUUUAAUAGAAGUAAUGAAUAAUUUCGGCCAAAAUAUGUUCAUCCUUGGUUACAAUUUCAAUUUGUGCCUCUUCGCAUUCCUUCACAUAAAGCCUAAAAAUUUGUUACACUUUAAACCAUUUCAAUGACAGUAUUUCCCACACACCUAUAUAACCAGCAUUGGUGUCAUUCCUUUUCCACUCAUUCUGUCACAUCUAUCUGUGUAAUUUCAUUUCUUCCCACAUACUCUCUUUGCUUCCCUACCAUGUCUGCCAUUGAUGUCAUUGGAACCAAGUAAACCACUUUCUUGCACUUUUCCUCUACCAUGUUAAAUAAAACCUUUAAUCUAAUCUUUUUUCAUGUUCUUUACUUUUACAGGGUCGGAGAAGUCAACAACAAUGGUGUGCAUACCUUUCUCAACAAACUCUCCAAUGCUGCCCCUGAUACCAAGAUCAAAGUUAGGGUAGCACGCAUGUGGGACACGCUGAAUAUAACAAAAAAAAAGGAAAUAAUUAGUACAGAUAUGGUGCUAAUUGAUGAGAAGGCAAAUUGCAUUCAUGCUACAAUACCAAGGAGGUUCUCACCUUCAUUGAAGAAAGUCUUGCAAGAAGGCAAGAUAUAUGUAAUUUCACACUUUGAGGUCUCAAAAAACAAGGAGAAAUAUGCUGUGGUUGAAAACAAUCCCUCCAUGCUUAGUUUCUAUGGUGACGCAAUUGUGACUGAGGAGGGCUCGGAUGACAACACAAUCCCUCGCUAUAUCUUUGAAUUUGUUAAUUUCAAUGAUCUUAUCAAACGUUGCGGGAAAGAGGUGUUGGCAGAUGUAAUUGGAUUUAUAAUUGAUGUGGAUCCAAUUGAGGAGAAAACAACCGUCAAUGGGAAAGUCGACAUGUUGUCACUUCAUUUGGGGGAUGGCAGUGGGAAUGUCUUGAAGGUAACGCUAUGGGAUGACUAUGCUCCGAUGUUUAAUCAAAAACUGAUAGAUCAAAUGCAUGCUACUCCUAAGCCAAAUGUGGCAAUUUUUACCUCCACUUUGGUAAAACAAUACCAAGGUGAGCUUUAUGUUUCGUCUUCAAGAUCCACAACAAUUUAUAUCAACAUAGACACCCCUGAAGUUGCUGAUCUAAUUUUGUCGUCCAAGGGGAAAAACAGUGUUCUGAAAACAACUGAAACUUUGUCUUUAACUAAUGUUGAUGUGAAGACCAUAUCUGAGCUUUUAUCCAUGGCAGUUUCGGGAGUUUAUCAGGGUGAUGUUGUCUACAAUUGUGUUGCAACAGUUGAUGACAUCCUGCUAAAAAAUGGGUUGUAUUAUGUUUCUUGCCCUCAUUGUAGGAAAACUGUGAGUUCCACUGAGACAGACUUCAAUUGUGAGCAUUGUACUAAAAAGGUCGACUAUCCAAAGAUUAGGUACCGUUUGGAACUUCAAGUCAACGACUCUACGGAAUCAACAAUAUUUGUGUUGUUUGCCGAAGUUGCUGAACAAUUGGCACAACUAAAGCUAGAUGACCUCACCCCGGAUUUAGAAAAUCAGACUGGACGUGACUCUGAUCUGCCUAAACAGCUCCAGCAUAUCAUUGGUUCAAAGCAUAUUUUUCAAGUUAAGCUGAGCUCUUACUUUGAACGUCGUGGAGUACAAAGCUUCACUGCACAUAAGAUUCUGAAGCCAGUUGUUAAGAUUGAGAAAGAAGACAACAUUGCCACUGCGUGUUCUUCCUCAAGUGGAUCUCUUACCAUUGAAAUACCAGAUUUGCCGAAGAAGAGGAGAAAAUUAAUAUUGCACUCCAACAAAUCAGGUGAUAAGGACCAGAAUGAAGAUGUGGAAGAUUUAGAAGAUUGAGAAGUUGGCUGCUAAGGAUUUAAGAGGAUUUGCUUUUGAAGUUGUUUUUCAUGGUUUAGUUUAUGUUUCUCUAAUCAAUAGAGAUGUGGAUUUCAGUUUAUGUUUUUUUGAGGUUGUGUUUUUUUUUUUU